AUGGCCCUGGCUGCUGAGCUCUUCCCGGCUCCCCUCCUCCCACACAGGACCAGGUUCAGAGCCGGUUUCCUUUGUUUCUCAGUCAGGAGGGGCUCUGAAUUUGAAGUGUCUGAGCUGAGGGUUGUUCUGCUGGGAGGCAGCUGCACUGAGAGGAGAGACGUGGGGAACUUCAUACUGAGAGUGAAGGGUUUUAACUCAGAACCUCAGUUCUGUGUGAGAGUCAGUGGAACUUUGGAAUCAGAGAAAAAGAUAGCUGUCAUCAACACUCCAGAUCCACCGGUUUCCACUAAUAACAAAAUGACAGAGUUCAUUAAAGCCUGCAAGAAAACCUCUCAUCCUGGACCUCAUGUGUUCCUGUUGGUGGUGCAGCCUAAAGGCUUCACUGAGAAUCACAAAAACAGCCUCUGUAGAGUUCUGGAAAAAUUCAGUGAACGAUCCUUCGAUCAUUCACUGAUUCUGAUGCUGCCGCCCAGAAAGCGUUCAGCUGGGAUGGAGAGACUCAUGUUGCAGCCUCCACUAAAGGAGCUGAUCAGAAAAAGUAGAUACAGAUAUGUGGUGCAGAAGAACCUGGAGCUUCCAGAGCUGCUGACACGCUUUGAUCAGAUUGUUAAAGAGAACAAUGGAGAACACCUGAUGUGUGAAGUAUUUGACACAUCUGAGGACCUCAGAGCCCCUUCAGCAGCUGAUGAUCAGAACCUGAGACCAGCAGGUCGUCUGGUAGAAGCUGUUAUGGAUGCAGUUUCUGCCUUCAGGGUCGUGCUUCUGGGAAAAAGUGAUAACAAAAAGACUAAACUUGGCAACUUGAUUGUUGGACACCAAAGUUUUCAUGAGAAACAGUCUUCUUUCAGUGUGGCGUCCUGUGGAGAGUUCAGAGGGAAAGCAGUGACCGUGGGAGAGGUGUGUGGACGUGGGCUUUCUCUGCUGGAGCUGCCAGCCUUGUGUGGAAAAGCUCAGCAGGCCGUGAUGGAGGAAUCCUUCAGGUGUGUCUCCCUCUGUGAUCCUGAGGGCGUCCACGCCUUCAUCCUGGUCCUCCCUGUGGGUCCCCUCACUGAUGAAGACAAGAUGGAGGUGGAAAUCCUCCAGGACGCCUUCGGCUCUCAGCUGAAGGACUUCAUGGUGGUUCUGUUCACUGUGGAGUCAGAUCCUACAGACCCAGCUGUUGUUAACUUUGUAGAAGGAACCACAGACAUCCAGGAGCUCUGUCAGAGGUGUGGAGGAAGAUCUCUGGUUUUCAACAUCAGGGAUGAGCAGCAGGUCCCAGAGCUGCUGCAGGAGGUGGAGAGGAGGAGGGUCAGAGGGGCAAAAGGCUUCGAUCUCAGGAUGCUCUCCGGGGUUGUGAUGGAGAAGAUCAUGGAGCAGAAAAAUAUUAAUGCAGAGCUCAAAGCGACCAUGAAAGCAAAACUUAAAGAGGAGAAAGAAAAACUAGAAAAUGAGAGAGAAAAACAACUGAGUGAAAUGAAGGAAAAAAUUCAACAGGAGCGUGAUGAGAGAAAGAAAGAGCAGGAGAUAAGAGAGGAAGAAAACAGAAGGAAGAAAAAAGAGGAAGAAUAUCAACAGCAGGAGUGGCAACAAAAACUGGACGGAGCUCUGGAAGAAAGCAAAGAAAAGAUGAGACAGCAACAGGAAAAGUGGGAGGAAGAGCGGAAACAGUGGUGGGAGAAUCGACAACGAGAUGAUGAACAGAGACGAGAAAAGGAGCACGAAAGAGUGAGGAAGCUUCAGGAGGAAUAUGAUCAGGAAAGAAAAAAGUAUGAUGAACAAAAGAAAAAAGAAGACAGGCUGAGACAAGAACAAGAGGAGAAGGAGAGAAGAGAGAUGGAGGAAAACUAUAAGGAAAAACUAGAGGAGAUGAGGAAGAAUUACGAAGAAGAGGCCAGAAAACAAGCAGAAGAGUUCAAUGAAUUCAAGCAAAAAUACACCAAAGAUUUUACAGCUCUGGUGGAAAAACACAUGGAAGAAAUGCUGGAACUGAAGAAAAAGCACGAGAGACAAAUCUACGACACAGAAGAGAGACGCAAAAAAGAAAGCUCGCUGCUCCAAAACCUCUCAAAGCACAAAGAAAAACAUCUGAGAGAGGAAAUUGAGAGCAUGAAGAGAAAGCAACAAGAGGAAAUUGAAUACCUGAGACAGCAGUACAAAAGCCAGUGUGCCAUCCUCUGA